AGUGAGGGCAAGAAACCCAACCUACCCCACCCCGGCCGUGGGGAGUGGGGAUUCUAGGCUGGAGUGAACCACUGCGUGAGGAAGAGGGGACUUGUGUGGAGGAGGGCGAGAGGGCGCUUAGUCCUGAAGGUUGGGGCCCAUGAGGCUAGCAGAUUCCCUGCAAACAAAGGUCCUUGCAACCUCCACGUGUGGAUAAAACUACACCCACUUGAAGUCCUACGUCCUCUGAGGGUCCCAAGAACUAGUUAUUGGGCAAGCUCUGAUGAGUUCAGUGUAAAUGAAAAUGACAUCAGUUGCACGACAAGAAGUUCUUGGCCUUUACCGCAGGAUAUUCAGAAUAGCCAAAAAAUGGCAGUCUGCAUCAGGACAGAUGGAAGACACUAUUAAAGAGAAACAGUACAUUAUAAAUGAAGCCAAAACCUUAUUCCAAAAAAACAAAGAUCUAACAGAUUCAGAGCUGAUUAAACAGUGUAUAGAAGAAUGCAAGGCAAGAGUAGAAAUCGGACUUCACUAUCACAUUCCCUACCCAAGACCUGUGAGUGUGAAUCCAGACACAACGUCUACAACAAUUCAUCUGCCUCCUCUGGGUCUCGCCCCACAACGUGGUCGUGCAUUUCGAAACCAAGAAAAGCUGAGGAAGCUUUCCAAGCCAGCCUAUUUGAGAUCCUACGACGAAGUUUCAUAACCCACUGUCAAAGUGUGGUGCAUAUUAUCACGAACUGCCAGACAGACGUGGCUCAUGUGUGCAACUGUGAAUGAAACUGUGUGCUUGAUAGUCACUUACUCUUCCUGACUCCACAAGUCUAGCUGAUUCAGUGUAUGGAAACUCUUGUAUUUUAGAUUCAACUACUGACAUCAAUAAAAGUAAUAGCUUUUAAGGACUGAGA